AUGUGCGAGGUGUUUGACGAGAAAUCUGACUUCUUUGCCUCCGCUACUGCCACGCCUCCCGCUGUGGUGCCGCGUUUACAGCGGAUUGCGAAAAGUUGCAGCCUUGAGUCGAAGACAACUUUGCUUGACGUCGGAACUGGCACAGGUGCACUGCUGCCCUUCUUCAAAGAGUCAGGAGGUGAUCUUGCGCAAAUUACUGGUGUUGACCUCUCAGCUGGGAUGUUAGGCUUCGCAAGGGAGCGAUUCCCACAGGCAAGAUUUGUCCAGGAUGAUGUGCUUCACUUUGAAGGUGGUCCUUAUGACCGCGUCGUCUUCAAUGCCUGCUUUGGAAACCUCUAUGAUCCAGUAGCAGUACUCAAGCAUGUAGCACAGAAGCUUUUGUCUGAUGGUGGCCUUGUGGUCAUCAGCCAUCCUCUUGGGCGGGCGUGGCUCACAACUUUAAAGGAAAAGGAUCCACGCAUGGCCAGGGCUCUCAGCAUAAUCACUUCCAUUCAGCAUAGCACUGAAAGUGAGAAACGUAAAUUGAUGUAUAUAAGUAAUCACAUUAUGUGA